AACUCACUUAGCGUGAAAGAGGAGAGGGAGGGAUAAACUCAGAAAGACGAAGGGGCGGAGGGACGGAGGAGAAUCCAUGGAGCACGAGGACUUCGACAUGAUUGGCUCGGACCUCAACGAUACGGUGGAGUUGGACGACAUGACGAAACGGUUGAAAGAGAUGGAAAGUGAAGCUGCUGCCCUACGUGAGAUGCAGGCCAAGGUCGAGAAGGAGAUGAGUUCUCUACAAGAUCCAGCAAGUUCUGCUGCAAGUCAAGCAAACAGGGAGGAAGUGGAUGCACGGUCAGUGUUUGUUGGCAAUGUUGACUACUCAUGUACCCCAGAAGAAGUACAGCAACAUUUCCAGACAUGUGGAACUGUAAACAGAAUUACUAUUCGCACAGAUAAGUUUGGGCAGCCGAAGGGUUACGCGUAUGUUGAAUUCCUUGAGCCCGAAGCUGUUCAAGAGGCUCUUCUUCUGAAUGAAUCAGAACUACAUGGUCGACAGCUGAAGGUAACUGCCAAGAGGACAAACAUACCUGGGAUGAAGCAGUAUCGUCCACGCCGACCCAACUCAUUUAUGGGUGCUCAAUCCAGGAGCCCAUAUGUUGCUGCUCCUUAUUUCUUCGCACCAUACGGAUAUGGGAAAGUUCCGAGGUUCAGAAUGCCAACGCGUUACGGCCCCUACUAUUGAAUGCUAAUUUUGUUUAAGACAUUGUUGAAUUAGAGAUAUCACACUUAAAUGUCUGCAUGCCCUUUUCUUUAUUUAUUAUGAUGGAAAUUGAUGUUUGGAUAAAAUCGAAAUGGAGUGUGAGCUAGCACGAUGCAGGUUCAAUCACUAGAACAAAGCUCUACCAUGCGCAGCCAUUACUAUGUAAAGAAAAAGGCUUCUCUGGACUUGCUGCAGGUAAGCUUUUAAGAUUUAAAUAUUCACCUUGGAAUUGUGCAUCGAGUUUGAAGAUAACGAUGCAACACAAUGCAUACUAAACAGUUUAUAUAUUUGGUGCUUGCUACUAUUUUUAUUUAA